CGUACAAUGUAAAGAGAAAGAGAAAGAAAAAGAAACUGACCCACUGCUCGUCAGUUUUGGGAGAGUUUUGAGUGAAAUAUUUGGAGAUGUACGUUGCUUCUUCCAUGAGAAAGUCGUUCAAGGACUAUCUCAAAGUGCUUGAAGCUGAUAUUCAGCACGCUAAUACUCUUUGUCAAGGAGGGAAACCCACCAAGCAUCAACCAAAGCAGGACAAACGUGCUCCAAACCACGAAAGCGGAACGGCAGAUCGAGAGAGGGAGAUUGAGAGAUCGAGGGAGAGGGAGAAAUUCUUGGUGGGUCGGCCGUUAUUGGGAGGGCGCCAACACCAGAGGUCAUGGCUGGCGCCGGCGAUGCCAAAGAUUGGUUUCCCGGUGGCCAAACAGUGGGAAUCCGGUUUUUUUAGCUCCUAGUAAGUAAAUUUCUUUGAUCUGGGUUGAUUUUCUAAGAAAUUUGGGAGCAAAAUUUUGUGGGUAGCCCGAAUGUCUAUUAGAAUCUUGGGGUUUUUUUUUUUU